UGUAAGCACGUCAAAUUGUUUUCUAGACAAAAUCUUAACCUCUCUACAUUUCUCUCUCUCUCUUUCUCCGCUUCUCUCUUCUCUCAUUCUCUUCCAACAUGGAAUUUGAAAAGCAUGAAAAAGGAAGUUUAUUAGACAAGAACUUAGAGGAGAAACUGACGGUCUCUUCUGGUGACUCUGAAGCCAAACCUCUGAUCUUCACAUUUGUCCCCACUGUCAGAAGACUGCCAACCCACACUCAGUUGGCUGACACCUCUAAAUACCUUGUUAAAAUUCCAGAGGAACCAAGUGAUAAGAGUCCAGAAACUGUAAAUAGGGCUAAUUCCAACGACUACUCAAUCUUGAAUACUGGGAGUGAACAAGAGAAAGACCAAAAGAUAUUGACUGACACUUCAGAAGUCAGUGAAAAUAUUUCACAAGAAAGAAGGCUUAAAGCAAAGGAAUCACAAGGAAUGCAGCAGAGUGACCUCUUCAAAGCUGAAUAUGUCUUUAUUGUGGACUCUGAAGGGGAAGAUGAAGCUACAAGCAAAAAGGAUGAACAAGGCCCCAUGGUGGGGACUGGCAGCACAGCUGCCCGGCCCAAGACUCUGGCUAUCUCCUCCAGUCUGGCUUCUGAUGUAGUGCGUCCCAAAAAGUGGGGCACUGAUCUCAAGGCCUCAUCACAUCCUGAAAUGUCUCAUGGGCUGGGCCCUCAGCAAAGGCAUGGUCAGUUAACUUCUUCUCCCACUACCUCUGAGCAGCUUGCCUGUAAACCACCUGCUUUCUCCUUUGUUUCUCCAACUAAUCAGAAAACACCACCUGACCCAGUUAACCUCGACGGAGCCUCUGUCCUAGAGGAGUUCCACACUAGGAGGCUGGAUGUCAGUGGGGCCUUGGUAGAAGAAACAGCUACGUACUUUCAAACUGCCACCCACUCUUCAUCCUUUCCUGCAUCGAAGGGCACCUCCUCGACGUUACAGUUUCCCCAUUCCACACAGCUCUCAGGUUCUAAUAUAUCCAGCCCAACUGCAGCACAUCAGAAACCUGGACAUCAGAAAUCUGAAGCCAUGAAGAAGAAGACAACUGUAACCUCACAUGUCCAUAGUCCCAGAGAAAGUCCGAGAACCUCUUCUCCUUCACCAUCCUGCGGUGCUUCUCUGAAGUCAAAUUCUGCCUUGUACAUCCCCGUCCGUAUUGUCACACAUUCACUCUCUCCAAGUCCAAAACCAUUUACCUCCUCUUUCCAUGGCUCAUCUUCUACUAUCUGUAGCCAAAUGUCAUCUAGUGGAAAUCUUUCAAGGUCAGGGGUGAAAUCUCCAGUGCCCUCUCGGCUUUCCCUUCUCACUGCUAUCCUCAAGUCAAACCCAUCUCACCAAAGACCUGAAUCCCCUGCAUCCUGCCCCACAUUCUCUCUCAACUCCCUGGCCUCUUCCACACUCACACUUGAUCAAAAAGCAAAGCAAACUCCAUCCACUCCUAAAAAGUCUCUCUCAAGUUGCUCUCUCAGAGCUGGAUCACCAGAUCAAGGAGAAAACCAGGUUUCUGAGCUGACCCAGCAAUCCUUUCCCCUACCUUUUUCCUCCAAGACUGCCCUGGUUUCUCAGAGGCCCUCCCUCUCUCCUACAAAACCUGUUAGUAGCAGCCCUAUUUCUUUGAAUGCUGAAAAAGCAACAUCACCUACAUCUUUGAAGAGCAAUACGGAGCUCUCCAUGCCACAAACCAAUACAGUGAGCUUUGCAGAUCUUCCUCCUGUCCCACCAAGCUCUUCUCUUUACCCUUCCAAAGGCAAACAGGAUGAUGACUUAAGGGGUAUAGAAAAGACAUCUACAUUAGCCUCCUCUGAAGUAACUUCCAUAUCUCCUUUUAGUCAAAGCACCACACUCCCCACUCCAGAGAAAUGUUUUCGUCCUUCCCCAGCUCUUUCAAAUCUGAUAAACAGAUCCAAAACAGUAUCAUCUCAGCUAUCUGGCUAUGGUUUGAACCCUUCAGCUCCUCGUUCACCCUCUAUCCCCAGUGUUAGCUCUGCCUCUAUUCCUAAUUUGGAGUCCUCAUCUGUCCCUCCUGCUAAUCUUCCUACCCAGCCAUUCCAGCUCAGUUCUUCACCAUUGCACCCAAAUUGUGGUAGUGAUACCUUGCCUUCAAGACUUGGGAAACAUGAAAGCACAAUAUCCAGCCAUAGGUCACCUGUUUCAACCCUAUCACCUCCCAUCUCUCUAACAAGAACCCAGGAGCUGAUUUCACCUUGUGCAUUGUCCAUGUCAACAGGCCCUGAAAAUAAGAAACCGAAGCAAUACAAGAUCAAGUCAAGCUACAAGGCUUUUGCAGCAAUCCCUACAAACACAUUGCUUUUGGAACAGAAGGCACUAGAUGAACCAGCCAAGACUGAAAGUGUCUCCAAGGACAGCACAUUAGACCCACCUGUGGAGUUGUAUUUUCCUGCACAGCUCAGGCAGCAAACUGAAGAGAUCUGUGCUACCAUUGAUAAGGUCUUACAGGAUUCCUUGUCUAUGCAUUCUUCUGAUUCUCCUUCAAGGUCCCCACAGACAUGGUUGGGUUCUAACACAAUCAAAAAUCCUACAACUCUCCCAAGAGCAGCUGGUCGAGAAACAAAAUAUGCAAAUCUUUCUUCACCAUCUUCUACAGUAUCUGAUAAUCAACUGACUAAGCCUGGAGUAAUUCGUCCAGUACCUGUGAAAUCCAAAAUAUUACUGAAAAAAGAGGAGGAAAUCUGUGAACCCAACCCUUUCAGUAAAUACCUAGAGGAUAACAGUGAUUUGUUCUUUGAGCAGGGUGUGACAGUCCCUCACAAGCCUGUCUCCCUCCAUCCUUUGUAUCAGACUAAACUCUAUCCUCCUGCUAAGUCCCUGCUGCAUUCACAGAACCUUCCCCAUGCUGACUGUCUUACCCCUGGACCCUUCAGUCAUGUGUCCUCCUUCUCCUUGACUGAUGAGCAGGAGAAUUCUCCCACCCUCCUUAGUCACAGCACGUAUAACAAGCUGAGUCAUCCUAUGGUGGCUAUUCCUGAACAUGACAGUCUUGAUUCCAAAGAGCAAUGAAGUUGGAACGGAAGUUGAAAACACAGGCUGCUGGUUUUAUGGAAUGCUGGUGUUAACCACUUGCUAGAUUAAAUUAUUUUUUCCAGGAGGUGUGCUCCCUUUCUGAACUGCGGUGCAGCAGAGGCACUAAACAAAGUUUGCUGUAGACAUAUAGCAUCACAGUCCUCUACUAACACCCAGCAUAGAAAAGAUUUACUUAUAGCUUCUUGCAUCUUUGAUAAAGCCUUUAAUGCCUUCUAUUAUGCUGACAGCAAUACUAAUGUGACCUAUAUUUAGCCGGCAAAUAAAGAAGAAUCAUGGCUAAAUAGAAGAA